CACAGAAACGCACAGAGGGGAAGAGAGGGAAAUAUUGUGGUGAGGAAGAGAGGCGUGCCAAUAAUCAAGGACUUUUUGGAUGAAGGUGCGCGUCAUGGAGAGCACAUGGAGACGCACCGGAUCAAUUACAGCGUGGAGGAGAAGAGGGGCUCCCUGAGCUGCUGCUGCUGCUGCAUGUCCUGAAUGAGCUGGAGGACCGAGAAGUCAAAGUUCUGACGGAUACAGGACUCUGUAGAAAUACUGGAUCUUAUCUCGAGAUGCAGGGUCUGAGCUCCCGGGCUCACGCGUUCUCGGUGGAGGCGCUGGUCGGUAAACCGUGCAAGAGGAUGAAAGUGUCGGAGGGACACGAGUCAAGUUCAGCUGCGGGAGACAGCGGCGGAGAUGACAGCAUCUUCACCGGCCUGCGUGAGAGUCCAGUCAGCCCGAAAAGGAAAGCAGGUUCAGCAGCGAACCGGAGGCCGGAGGAGAAGGAAGAGGAGGAGAGCUCCUCCUGUGAGCCGCAAAGAAACACUGUCAGGUCAGGAGCUGAUGAGGAGGAGCACACUGACCCAGACGGAGGAGAGCGCAAGCCGAAGGAGAGCGACUGUCGCCCGGACAGAGAAGAGCUGAGAGUCCGCGUGGAGCUGCAGGGCUCCGAGCUGUGGAAGAGGUUCUAUGAGAUCGGCACCGAGAUGAUCAUCACUAAAGCUGGAAGGAGAAUGUUUCCCUCAGUGCGCGUCAAAGUGCGCAAUCUGGACCCGUGCCAACAGUAUUACAUCGCGAUGGACGUCAUGCCAGUGGACUCCAAACGCUACAGGUACGUGUACCACAGCUCGCAGUGGAUGGUGGCUGGAAACACGGACCACUCCUGCAUCUCUCCCCGCCUCUACGUGCACCCGGACUCGCCGUGCGCAGGAGAGACGUGGAUGCGUCAGGUCGUCAGUUUCGACCGGGUCAAACUCACCAACAACGAGAUGGACGAUAAAGGACAUAUUAUUCUUCAGUCGAUGCACAAAUACAAGCCGCGGGUGCACAUCAUCCGGCACGACCCUCGGAUGGACUUGUCUCAGAUCCAGUCGCUGCCUGCUGAAGGAGUGCACAGCUUCUCGUUCCCAGAGACCGAGUUCACCACAGUCACGGCCUACCAGAAUCAACAGAUCACAAAACUGAAGAUCGACAGGAACCCGUUCGCCAAGGGCUUCAGAGAUCCAGGAAGAAACAGAGGAGUGUUGGAUGGCUUAUUGGAGUCGUAUCCCUGGAGAAGCCCUCUCAGCCUGGACUUGAAGCCUUUCACCAUACAGCUCCAAGGAAGCUCAGGGUCACUGACCAGCAGUGUGAAGAGCCUCCUCCCUCUCUCCUCAUCCCCGUCACUUCACCCGUUCUCCGUCUCCGCACUGACCUGCCCGGAUUCUGCUCUGCCCACCUUCGCUCUUCCCCUCUACAGCAAGGCCCUCAUCACCUCACCCAGCACCUCUCCGCUGCCCAGCAGAGCCUUCUCCUCUCUGGGAGCCGACAGACUGAGGGGCCUGCCUGCAUCUUCUCCGCUCACAGACCUCCCGUUCCUCUCUGCCCUGCAGGGAAAGAAACUUCCCCACUGUCGGGAGCCUUGUCUUCAUGGGUCUGCAGGGAGCUCCCCCUGCCUCAUCCCCUUCCACGGCCCCCUCCACCCUCAGGGGCCGUCUCUCCUCCCUCAUCUCUCUGACGCUGCUGGCCCUUAUUGUCUUUACCGCUACAGCCUCCCCCUGAAUCCCCAGCUUGCAGCUUUAUCCCGACACGCCAAGCUCACUGAAGACACCACAGACUGUCUGCUGCGCCAGUCUCCAUGGCACCCGACCACCAACCACUGCCUCUAACAGCUGGACCCCACUUGCAGACUCUGGCCCAUUGAGAAUCAGUGGCUAAAACGUAUUGCAGCAAAACAGACGAAGAGAGACUGCACUGUCUUUGAGCAAGGAGCAACCUUGUUCCCCUUGUGGGGUGUUUUUUGUAUUUAAAAUCCAUGUUGUACAGACUUACCAGCACAAACAGUGAUCCUGAAGCAGACUAUGAGCAGCUCCUGCUUUCAAGAACACUCAGCUAGAACCCAAAAGAGCAACAUUGGAGGAACCAGAUUUGUAGACAUAAUGUAGAGAUUUGUCGGGAACAGAAAACACUAUGUUUUUACGGCACAGCCGAACCUCUUUACUGCCUUACCAAAGAGCAUCAGCAAUAGGACCAGAGGUAUGUAAUGUAACUCUUACUGUACAUGAGGGUGACUGUUAAACUGACCAUAAGUGCCCAUUAAAGUAUUUUUCAUAUUA